AUGUUUACCUCACGCAAUACCCAGCCGCGGGGCUCCCCACGCCUUCCUGCUGGUCCCCACGCCUUCCUGCUGGUCCCCACGCCUUCCCUCUGGUCCCCACGCCUACCUGCUGCCUACCUGCCCGCCACCUGCCCGCCUACCUGCUGGGUCCCCACGCCUACCUGCUGGUCCCCACGCCUACCUGCUGGUCCCCGCCUACCUGCUGGUCCCGCCUACCUACUGGUCCCCGCCCUUCCCACGCCUUCCUACUGGUCCCCACGCCUUCCUGCUGGUCCCCACGCCUGCUGGUCCCCACGCCUUCCUGGUCCCCACACGCCUUCCUGCUGGUCCCCACGCCUGCUGGUCCCCACGCCUACCUGCUGGUCCCCACGCCCCUACUGGUCCCCACGCCUUCCCUACUGGUCCCCACUGGUCCCCACGCCUCCUGCUGGGUCCCCACCCACGCCUACCUGCUGGUCCCCACGCCUACCUGCUGGUCCCCACGCCCUGCUGGUCCCCCGCCUACCUGGUCCCCACGCCUACCUACCAACUGGUCUUCCUGCUGGUCCCCACGCCUACCUGCUGGUCCCCACGCCCACCUGCUACCUGCUGGUCCCCACGCCUACCUGCUGGUCCCCACGCCUACGCCUACCUGCUGGUCCCCACGCCCACCUGCUCCCGCCUCCUGCUGGUCCCCACGCCUACCUGCUGGUCCCCACGCCUACCUGCUGGUCCCCACGGCCCCCCCACGCCUACCUGCUGGGUCCCCACGCCUACCCUGGGUCCCCACGCCUACCUGCUGGUCCCCACGCCUUCCCUACUGGUCCCACGCCUUCCUACUGGUCCCCGCCUGCUGGUCCCCACGCCUACCUGCUGGUCCCCACUGGUCCCCACGCCUACCUGCUGGUCCCCACGCCUGCCCCCACGCCUACCUACUGGUCCCCACGCCUUCCCUACUGGUCCCCACGCCUCCCCACUGGUCCCCACGCCUUCCCCACCUGGCUACCUGCUGGUCCCACGCCUGCCCCCACGCCUGCUGGUCCCCACGCCUACCUGCUGGUCCCCACGCCUACCUGCUGGUCCCCACGCCUUCCUACUGGUCCCCACGCCUUCCUACUGGUCCCCACGCCUUCCCUACUGGUCCCCACGCCUACCUACUGGUCCCCGCCUUCCUACUGGUCCCCACGCCUUCCUACGCCUUCCUACUGGUCCCCACGCCUCCUGCUGGUCCGCACGCCUUCCCACUGGUCCGCACGCCUUCCUACUGGUCCCCACGCCUUCCUGCUGGUCCCCACGCCUACCUGCUGGUCCCCACGCCUGCUGGUCCCACUGGUCCCCACGCCUCCUACUGGUCCCCACGCCUUCCUACUGGUCCCCGCCUUCCUACUGGUCCCCACCCACUGGUCCCCGCCUUCCUGGUCCCCACGCCUUCCUACUGGUCCGCACGCCUUCCUGCUGGUCCCCACGCCUACCUGCUGGUCCGCACGCCUACCUGCUGGUCCCCACGGUCCCCACGCCUUCCCUACUGGUCCCCACGCCUCCUACUGGUCCCCACGCCUUCCUGCUGGUCCCGCCUACCUGCUGGUCCCCACGCCUUCCUGGUCCCCACGCUUCCUGCUGGUCCCCACGCCUACCUGCUGGUCCCCACGCCUUCCUACUGGUCCCCACGCCUUCCUACUGGUCCCCACGCCUACCCUACUGGAACACAAGACCUUAAACGUGUCAUUGACUGAAGAACUUGAGGUCAAUGCUGAAUGUUCUCGACACAUCUGA